UCUUUCUCUCAUUUGAUCUGUGCUUGUUCUCUGAGUGAGUGGUCAUUUUUUGUGCUGGAAAUCCGUCCCAAAUUUGUCUUACCCGGAUCAUGUUGGGUCUGUCGUCGCCAUUGAUGCCGGCUAAGCCGGCCUUGCCCGACUAUUCGGCGGGUGCGGGCCCGGUGGAGCACCGCUUCAACCCGUACUCGAACAAUCACGGCUCGGUGGUGGCCAUCGGCGGGUCGGACUACGUGGUGAUCGCGUCGGACACGCGCCUGCCUUCGGGCUACUCCAUCAUGAGCCGGACCCAGUCCAAGUUGUUUCCCUUGGGCGAGGGCGGGCGGAGCGUGUUGGGCUCGUCGGGCUGUUGGGCCGACAUCCUGACCUUGACCCGCCUGUUGGAGACCCGGGCCAAGAUGUACUGGCACGAGCACGCCAAGCCCAUGAGCACGGGCGCCCUGGCCCAAAUGCUGGCCACCAUCUUGUACUCCAAGCGAUUCUUUCCCUAUUACACCCACAACAUUCUGGCUGGUUUGGAUGAGAAUGGCGAGGGCGUGGUGUACUCCUACGACCCUGUGGGGUGUGUCGAGAAGUUCAAAUUUGGUGCGGCCGGUACGGCCUGCUCCCUACUUCAGCCCAUGUUGGACAACCAGGUGGGCAAGAUGAACUUGGCCCAUGGCAAUCCGGAGGCCCAGAUGGACAUGGAGGAGGCCUUGAACCUCAUCCACGAUCUUUUUGUGUCGGCCACCGAGCGCGAGAUCAAUACCGGAGAUUCGAUCCACUUCAAAAUCGUGACUAAGAAUGGGAUUGAAGAGCGGACUAUUGGCUUGAGAAAAGAUUAACUGUUGUUGUAUUCCAUUUCUAUUCGAUAUCCAUUCAAUAAAAACUCAACCCAUA